CUUGCAGGCGUGGCCCCGUUGACACGCUCUUCCCUGCUCCCAUGUUCCGUGUGGGGCGGCGCUUCACGACUGCUUCCGGCAGGGCGAGGGCCGGGUUGUACUUCCGGGUCGGCAGCCGGUGGAGGCCCGGCCCGCUCCCGGUUUUUCACACGUACCCCUUCGCCGCGCCAUGUCUACACUGUUCCCCUCUCUGCUGCCCCGCGUCACCGAGUCCCUGUGGUUCAACCUCGACCGGCCUUGCGUGGACGAGACGGAGCUGCAGCAGCAGGAGCAGCAGCACCAGGCCUGGCUCCAGAGCAUAGCCGAGAAGGACAACAACCUGGUGCCCAUUGGAAAGCCAGCAUCUGAGCAUUACGAUGAGGAGGAAGAGGAGGACGACGAGGAUGAUGAAGACAGUGAGGAGGACUCGGAGGAUGACGAGGAUAUGCAGGAUAUGGAUGAGAUGAAUGAUUAUAAUGAGUCUCCUGAUGAUGGGGAGAUCAAUGAGGUGGACAUGGAGGGGGCAGAGCAGGAUCAGGACCAGUGGAUGAUCUAAUUCUGCUGUGGCCACACCAGACCAGAGGCUGGGGAAGAGCCCUCCACAGCUCUGGAGCCCUGGUGUGUGGUUUGGCGAAGCUCCCACCAUGGCUGCUGCGAGGGCUGCGUGGGGCAGGGGGGCUCAGGGUGAGGCUGCCUGAGGGGCGCAGAUUGGCACUGGAGUGGCGCUGGGGAGCGUGUGGCUCAGCCCGGCACAGCGUCUUUUCUAAUAAACUCAGUUUUCAAGAAAA